AUGAAGAGCAACAACAGCCUGACUCCCUCCUAUUUUCAGUUCACUGUGUUUGCAGACUAUGGGCCCCUCAGAUAUCUUUUCUUCAGUCUCUCUCUGUUGAUCUACGUGACUAUAAUCUCUGCUAAUCUUGUCAUUGUUCUGUCAGUCUGCCUGGAGAACUCUCUGCAUCAGCCCAUGUAUAUUUUCAUCUGCUCUCUGUGUUUAAACUCUCUGUAUGGCUCGACCGGCUUCUUCCCCAGGUUCCUGAUGGACCUUCUGUCCGAUACUCAUUUCAUCUUGCGUCCACUCUGUUUCACUGAGAUGUACAUUACUAACACUUAUGUUGCAAAUGAGGUGACUCUCCUCACAGUCAUGGCCUAUGACAGGUUUGUUGCUAUUUGCCAGCCUUUACACUAUCACAGUAAAAUGACAUUUAGUACGGUUCUGAUGCUGUUGUUCUUUGCUGUGUUGUACCCUGUGAGUGUUUUAGGCUGCUUUUUCUAUCUGGCCACCACUUUGCCUUUGUGUGGAAACAAACUGCAGAGGGUUUUUUGCAACUGCUGGACUUUAAUCAGUCUCUCCUGUGUGGACACAACUGUGAUCAACACAGCAAGUCAGUUUGUUGUUCUGACAUCAAUAUUCAUUCCCCUGUCCUUUGUCCUGUACACCUACUUGCGCAUUCUGCUUGUCGGCAGGAGAAGUUCAUCUGAAUUCAGAGGAAAGGCCUUACAGACCUGCCUGCCCCACAUAGUGACCUUUGGGAACUAUUGCAUCUCUGUGUUCUGUGAGAUUUCACUGAGUUGGUAUAAACUUGAUGCAGUAAAUUCAUUUGUCAUUGUUGCUUUAUCUCUGGAGGUAUUGAUCAUCCCUCCCAUGAGUAACCCUCUAGUUUAUGGCCUGAACCUGCCUCAGAUCAGAGCAGUAAUCUUUUAUUUUUUAAGGGUAGAAAAAAUGGCUUUAUAA